UGUGAGCUAUGAUGAUGGCAUCUACGUCGACGCCGCUGACGACGACGAUGAUGACGACGACACCGACGUCGCCGACGUCUCAGCUGCAAUUCCAUCAGAGCGUCAAUGCGCAGUCGCAGAUGUCACCUCUCGACAUCCUCGCAGCAAAAUGUGCCAGAAUUUGCCAGCACCAGUCUUGCUCAUCUCAGAUAUCACCGGUAUCAACGACUUCGUGCAGCAGCGACGGUUUCAUCCCUCAAGUUCCUCUGGAAGCGGCCAGAUCUCCUCUGGAAUACUCCCCUCACUACCAAAACCCUUACGGUCACAGUUACGGCAAUCAAUACUGGUUCCAACAUUCACCCCCGCCCGCCGACAUCGCAACCAGCGGUUUGCAACCCCAGCAGACCAGCGUCCAUCAUCAUCAUCACCACCACCACCAGCAGCAAUACCAUCACCACCCCCAAUGGACUCAUCAUCAGAAUUCGUACAUCUCGCCGUUUCCGACGAUGAAGUUUAUAAAAUCCGAAUCACCGGUUCUCAGUUUCCCGAGUAACGGUUACGCAAGUUCUGGUUUGGUCACUUAUGGGAAAGCAAGGAGAUGUAUCAAGUGUCAAUGUCCAAACUGUAUCAACGAAGAGAACGGUUUGAAAAGCCCCCAGGCGAAGAAGGUCCAUGUGUGUCACUACCCAGGCUGUGAUAAGGUUUACGGGAAGACGUCGCACCUCCAGGCGCAUCUCAGGUGGCAUACUGGGGAGAGACCUUUCGUGUGCAAUUGGUUGUUUUGCGGAAAAAGGUUCACCAGAUCCGAUGAACUUCAGCGCCAUUUGAGAACCCACACGGGUGAAAAGAGGUUCGCUUGCCCAACGUGUUCCAAAAGGUUCAUGAGAUCCGACCAUUUGGCAAAGCACGUCAAAACCCACAAAAAUAACAGCAGCAGCAAUAACAACAACAACAACAGCAGCAAUAAAGUCAACAAAACACAAAAUGAGAACGCAAAUAAUGAAAACAUUCAAAGUGUCGAAUUGUCGGGUUUCGGAAAACGGGAGUCUUUGCAAUCCGUCAGAACUGAGGGAAAACCUGUAGCAGUGAAUACCAUUUAUCCAAUCGCAGGAAAUGGUGCGAUGUGUGGUAGUGUCAGUGUGCCAGAUUACGGGGUUUAUAAUGCGUACAACGGUUAUUAUUAUCAGGGGUUAGAACGGUAGUUUAACCAUUAAUCAGUGACAAUGGACAAAAAGAACAUUAAUAUAAAUAAUUGAUAAGUAUUUUUGCAAUAAAUGGUGUAAAUAUUAGAUUCACUAGAAUCCAUUCAAAAUAAU